UAUUGUAAAGUCUUUGUCAACCUAUUAACCGUUGUAAGCUGCAAUACUUUAGCACAAAAUUAAGAGCAUUGCCUCGUUGUGAGCAUAACCAAAUGGUAGUAACUCUGUGGUUGUGAGGGCGCGCGCUUCAAAACGAAACUGCUUUGUUCAGACAUGGCGGGCGCCGAUGCCGAAAUAAGAGUGAAGUUGGACUUGGGCCUCGCCGUUCCGCACAGAGAGGCGCACAAUUUGGUGUGGAUCGUGGUUGACACAGCGGAGACCGCGACGGUGAAGCAGUUUACCAAGUUGAUACGAGCCAAGUACGGCGUUCCCAAGAAGAGCGAACUCUACCUCGACGAUGCCUGGUUGCCGCCCGACGAGCCAUUGCGGAUAUUGAGGGACAAAGAUACAGUGAGAGUUGUCACACCUGCGCAACAGCCCUCAAAACCCGAUACCGAACCUGAUGACGACGCAGCUCCCGCGCCGGGUGAGCCUGUGAAGAAGACGAAAAAAAAGAGAAAAAGGAAACCCUCGGAGAGGGGUGAGUCACCCGAGGCUAACGCCAAUGAUGUUUCCACGCCAGACGAGCCUGUGAAGAAGACGAAAAAAAAGAGAAAACGGGAAUCCUCGGAGAGCAACGAGUCACCCGAGGACAACGACAACAAUGUUUUCGGAGCCGCCGCCGACGACCGCUCCGCCACUUCAAUGGCGUCGACAUCGAAGCAGGGUGCCACACCGCACUUCCCAGCUGUCAAAGUCUCAAGCACGCCCUUUCAUAAUGAACCAGCUUGCUCAACCCCACUAAGUCAGAGCCUCAAAGGCACACAAGGGUGGCCCGUGGCCCCAGCAGACCCCAGCUUAUCGAUUUCGCUAAGCCCUCCAAAGAAAAAACGCAGGCCUAGGAGGAAGAAGAAGAAGCCGUGUGAAGAUGGCGCCCAAGUUGCCGAGUCACUGAGCCUGCCUGCAGCACCACGCCUUCCAUCGCCAGUCGCAUCACCGAGCUUACCACAAACAGCCGCAGUGCGCGCUCUCGUGAAGUUCGCUCAAGGGGAAUCGCCAACCGGGAGACAUGUUCGUUUCGGCAGUAGAUCGUCAGGUGAUGAUGAUGACGAAGAAGAAAAGCAAGUAGCUGCCCAGCAGAAUGUGCAACCGGCAGUUGUCCAACCAACACCUUGCCUAGCACAAGUUAGUCAGAGCAUUUCAAUGAACCAGGAAAACCAGCUUCCACUCACGAAUGGUCAGGCAUCGUCGUGGGAUUCUCCCGCGACACGCUCCUACCGUUCCGUGCCUCCACCUGCAGAAGCUCCCACACCGAACGCCAAGAUUCCAGAGGUGGCGGAGGAACACGGAGCAGCAUCGAGUGCAGACUCUGUUGAUGCCCCCGCAAGACAGGUGAACUACUCGAAAUACCCGCCGCUGAAAGUGCCGCCCAAGCCGGGAGACGUCAUAGCUUUCAAGAUACUGGAACUGGAUGCUGACUAUUGUCCAAACGUGUCCGAUUACAAGGAAGGUAAAGUUCUGCAACACAAUGCCGUCAGCGACUUUCUAAGCAUAGAGCUGAAGCGAGCCGAGGCCAAGAAGACUUAUGGUGGCAAGUUUGAGCUCGAGGUGCUCGAUGAAGGCAUGCCUCCAGUGGAAAAAGUGGUUUCAAUUCUGUGGACCGAACUAAUUGAUCCAGUUGUCCUAUCAUCCUGAAGUGCAAGACCGUCUUAAUGAAAUAAUAAAGCAUUUCCCAUCAGUUUACAUUA